AUGAAGGAGGCUGGAGGUGGAAACGCCGCGCUCAGGGUGUGGGAAGGCGUCAUGCCAGAUCUGGGACACACACCUUCCCGGCCUGGGAUGAUGCGCAGUGGGUUAAGGUAA